GUUUUCACAAUCACUAUUUGACGAGGAAUGCAUUUCAGCCUUCCAUUAAAAAAUAGUUGUAGGCCUAUGCCAGCAAUUCAUGUAAUGGGUGUUGGUAAUGUUGAAUUCCCUAUCACGUCAGAGAAUACUGGAAAGCUACUGGCUGUGGCAGAACCAACUCCUUUUGCCGCUACUUCAUGUAGGAAAGGAAAGAAUACCAGCAUAAAUUCUUCUUGGCAAAUUGAACGGGCAUGCAUAUCUUUCCCAGAGACCUCAAGAUUUCUUGUACAAAACCUUCCCAAAUGGAUUAAGCUGGUUCUCAUUGAACAUGAGAUUGAUGUGCAAUGGGUAGAGGCUAAUUGUUCCCUAACUCGAUUGGUUAUGUACCAUUCGGAUAGUCAUUACAUCCGUCAUCGCUAUAUUAAACAGGAAAUAGGGCAUUUUGGUACCAUCAUGGUGCAACUUCCAGUGGAAAAGAAGUACCUGGACGCUGAAAUGAAAAUAUCGCAAGCGAAUGAAACCAAUCCUAAUCUAACUAUCACGAAAGAUCUUUCCUUAUGCAACGAUCCAUCUUUCUGUGUAAAAUUUUUUAGCGCCAACUGUGAAAGUGUGAUCGAGCCAAAAAGCACAGGUUGGAACAUCGAGUUAGCUUAUAACCUGAUGUGGAAGCCUGAAAAAGCCACGUUAGCCUUCCCGAAUUUACUUUCUUUUCUCGUCACACUGACUAAAAUGACAUUGGAAUUACGCUCAUGGCAAGAGAACGUUUCUGAAAAUUGCCGACCAAAGAUCAUGAUUAUUGGAUUGGAUAGGAAGUACAAGCCUUCUCGUCAUUCAUUUUCUACGCUGAUGGGUAGUGAUCGCCAAGUGGCCUUUCUUAUGUGCUCAGUUCCUUUUAUGGAUGUCUACUUGGCUCGACUAACACGAAGAAUAACAAGGAUCGCAUUUCGCGGCUAUCAAGAUGCUAAAGCCGAUGAUGUGAUCCAGCAAAGUUCGACAACUAAAAGAAAUUUAGAUGGAAACGUCGUCGAAAUGAAAGAAAUGCAGUACGUCACGCACUUCGCCAGUCAUUGGGUUGGCGUUGACGAUUGCGUCACCGAAUUUUACAACUUGGAUAUCGACAAAGAAGCGCAAAUGGUGAAACCUCUUUUUGAAAAUAGAACACCAGACAAAGUACAACGCAAAAAUAACAAGUCGAAAGAGACAAUCCUUAUCCAUGACUUCUAUCAGACUGUCCUCAUUUUAUGGCCAAGACAAGGAUCUCUUUACAUGAACAUUCACCAUCGUCCCGAUUACGUAUUGAAUCAAUUAGAGCGUGGAACAACACACAACCCACUGAAAACCCUACGCGCAAUAAUAGCUCAUUCAGAGUUUAUGGAGACAAGGAUCUUUAGACUUCUCAGCCUGUGCUUAUCUCUGAACGCAAGGAAGGAGGCUCUUCAACUGCUCGAGGUAAUGGCCAGCAAAUCCAUUGGUGUGCUUUCUGAUUAUGCUGCUGUUUUGAUAAGCGAUGUCGCGUGCAAAUUAAUCGGAUGGAUUGAUUGCGAAAACGUCAUCAAUAAGCUUUUGGCAUGCAACACUUACAAGCACUUGAGCCAUUUCUUGACAAUCGGACGAGCCUUACUGUGCCAUAAUUGCACCAUUGGAUUCUCAAGCGUAUCGAAUCAGAUUUGGAAUUUUUUAAUGGAACGUAUCCAUUCAAGUGAUAUAUCCAAUAGUCCUAACGCUCUAAGCCUCUGUAUAGAAAUGGGCAUUUGUAUGGAACACUCAUCUGUUGCGAUUCAGUCAAGAUCCGAACAAUUUUUCACGUGCUUUAUGACGUUACCGCUCCUUCAGCAAUGCCAUAUCAUCAUCGACCUCAAAGAAAUCUAUAUGAAGAAUGCUGCCGGUAACAAAUUUUAUCUAAGCCUUUGCAGUUACGUUGCCAUUACCGUUACGUCUUGCAGCGUAUCGAUCAUCGACUGUGUAGUGGACCUUCUUCGCUGUUUUCUUUUGCUUGAACCUCAACCUGUCAAUAUCGCAGAAAUCUUUCUUGAAAACAUAUGCCGAUCGCAAAGGGAUGGCUGUGAAAACAAUCAAUUGUUGGAGAAGCUCGUUGCCUCACUACACACGUUGAACAUGACCAGUCAAAUGGCUAUGCAUCUUUUAGAUUGCAGGAUUGUCGAACUGAGUUCGCUUCGUAAGCCAAAAUUCAGUUGGAGCAUGGAAGAGGCCAAAUUUCCCGAUGCUGUCAAGUAUCCAACUAUUGUGGAAUUUUUGCAAUCAUCAAAGAAGAGCUUGACCCUGGAACUGGACCAAUUGAAUAAAAUCUCGGAAGCAAGGGAUUUUAUCCGCGUUUCCUUUGGAGUCAUGGACGAUUGUGUCAGAAGAGGUUACAGUGCUGUGGCAGUACCUACGAAGAACGGCAGAAAUAUCUUUUGUGAUAUUAAAAAAACCCGACAUUUGUACACGUUCCUGACUGUACAAUUUAAUGCUAAAAUGGAUGAGCUGAAAAGACUUAAACAACUGCGUCCCAUCGUUUGCUGCUCAAGUCCAAACGUGCAACAGCCUCCGAAUGCCACUCGACAGAGGACGAACGUAGUUGUCGCAUCAGGUAUGAAAUCCAAGAAAGCAAAGAUGGAAAAAGAUAGAAAAUGACCGUGAAAGACUUGCUCAUUAUAGAAAUUGAUCUUGAAAGUGCACAUGUUAAAUUUUAUAAUCUUUACCAAGAACCAAAAUUCGGAAAUGUUUGUUGAUUUCGUUAAUAUACAUAACUUUAAAC